AUGAGCGUCUCGAGCCACAGGAGCGGCCGGAGCGGCUCGUCUCGAUCGGAGUCGAGCUCUUCCGGCGCCGCUCUCAUCGCGCCGCUCCGCGCCCUCGGCGUGUCCAUAGGCCAGUCUGCGAGUGCCAGGAUGAACGUCCUCUACGCGGACGGAGGCGGCGAGGAGCGCCGGCGAACAGGCGGAGGCUCAUCGUCGGGGUCCCUCGAAAGGGACGGACGCGCCGCGUCGACCAUUCACCCGACGACGACGACCACGACGAGGCGCGCGCUGGAGCAGGAAGUCGCCGGCGUGCGCAUCGCGCACUGCUCGUGGUGCCUCGCCGAGUGCGCGCACGCCCAGGUCUCCGAGGGUUUCCUCCUCUUCCGCGCCGCGUACCGAUGCGGCGCGUGCGCGCGGAGGACCCUGCCGUGCCGCGCGCCCGGAUGCGACUCCCACGCGAGGGGCGCGGGAUCGACCGCGCCGAGGGACGACGACCUCUGCCUCGUCCACCGCGCGAUCAUCCCGGCGUGGCCCUGCGGUGUAGACGCGGGAUACGACGCGUGGACGAGGGACCGCCUCGCACCGAAGGCGCGGUGCUCGUGGUGCCUGGACGUUCGCAGGCACGCGCUCGAGCACGUCGAUUCUUUCGCCCCCGCCGCGACAGCUGUGGCCGCGACAGCUGCGUCGCCAGCUGUGUCGUCGUCGUCGCGAACGGGUCGGUCGUCGCGGUGGUCAUCGGAGUCGUUCUCGUGCGGCGGAUGCGCGCGACGGACGGUUCGAUGCGAGACGUGCGAACGAUCCCUCGCGGAGGGCGCCGCGGGCGCGAGGGAGAAUUACGCCUUUGCCAAAGCCGGCGACGACAGAUGCGCGCGGUGCCUCGGUGUCGUGUACGACUGGAACGCGCCCGCGGACGUCAACGCGCAACUGACCAAGACCGAACCCGCGUGGUGCGGGUGGUGCGGCGAGCGGUGCGCGCACCUGGUGAGGGACAAGGCGCGCGCCAAGUGCCAGUGCCUGGUGUGCGGCGGGGGCACGGCGCCGUGCGAGAGGUGCCCGGGAUCGAUGCGAACGCGAGAGCGGCCCGUCGUCGUUUCGAGCGUCGCGUCGAGCGUCACUCGACGCGGUUCGUCGACGCACUCGACGAGCGUCGGGACGUGCCUCCGAUGCGAGGUGAUACGCGCGACGCCGAGCGACGAGGAGGCUCGCGCGGUUUGGGAAACUGUUCGAACGAGACGCGCCGCCGCCGACGCCGCCGCCGUCCGAGUCCGCGACGUCCUCGCGAGAAAAACCAGGUGGUCGAAAGCGGCGCACGACGCGGGGGCGUGGCGGCCGUUCGCGCUCCUCGCCACGCUUCCGCCGCGCGAGCGCGUUCGCAUCGCGUCGAGGCUGGGGAUCAGGCUGUGCCGCGAGCGCGGGUACCUGGACCCGCACGCCGAGGCGUGGCGCGUGCUGGCGACGCCGGGGAAGGGGAUACUCGCCAGGGCCGACGCGGCGGGCGGCGGCGGCAUCGGCGGCGGCGGCGGCGGCGGCGGCGCGCUCGGGGGUCUCGGCCGGAGAGUCUCCGCCUCGACGGGGGCCGAAGAUGACGACGACGCAUCCGCCGAGAGAACGAUCGGCUCGGUGCUCCGCCGCAUCGGUCGCGACAUCUCGCGGGCGGCGGGCGUAUCCGCGGGGGUACCCGGCCGCCGACGCGCAAACUGGCUCGAGGCGCUCGCGUCGGUCCUCGUCGCCGGCGCGGAGACCGGCCGGUGCCCCGCGCUCGACCCGAGGGAGGCUGCGUCGUUACCCGUCGUCGCGAGCGGGCGGAAGGGCGCGGCGAGGAUCUUGCGCACGCCGAGGGCGCUCGUGGUGGCGAGGUACGAGGAGUGCGUGCUCGGGAUGGUCGCCGGGGCGCAGCGCGCCAGGCUCUCGCCAGUCCAACGGCUGGCGAUCGACUCGUUAAAGUCGCACCCCAUGCGCGUGGUGCUCGAGACCCGUUUAAAGAGGAGCGGCGCGGAUUACCGGCGGAUGGCGGACGCGGCGGUGCUCGCGGCGUUCGCGGCGAGCCCGUGGGCGAGCGUUACUGAGGGAAACGGCGUCGAUGGGGGGAUGGGCGACGAAACAAACGAACCGCGGUGGUCCCUCUCGGACUGCGCCGAGUCCAUCGCGGCGGACGUGUACGGGUGUUUGCUGGACGGACGCGCGCCGACGGGACCAGCCGGGACGAGCCGGUCGUCGGGCGGGGGCUCCGGACGACUACGGACGACUCCAGACGGCUCCGGACGGCUCCGGACUCACGAUCCGGACGGCGACCUCGGCGAUGAAAUUUGGUCCGGCGUCGCUCCGUCGCUCCUCGCGUCGCUCGCGUGCCAGACGGUGGCCGUGACGGCCGGUCCGACGGGCGCCGCGCUCGGCGCCGCCGCGGCGCUGGGCGUGACGGGCGCCAAACUUCCCGGCGCUUCGUUCGAGGACGUCACCGACUUUUUCGCCGGCGUUCGCGCGCCGUCGCGCGUUCCCGACGGCGCCGCGGGUCUGUUCGAACCGUGCGCGGUCGUGUUGGUGCACGGAGCGUUGCUCGCGUCCAGGGGGGUGCACGUGGACGACUACCACCCGGGGCGAGAGGAACGCGCGCGGGGUGGUCGAUGGGGAGGGGUCGAUCCGUCCUCCGAGCGUCGCGGAAGGAGGGGUGAGCGUCUGAGGGGUCGCGCGCCUUCAUCCGGCGAUGAGCCGCGCCGGUACGCGGAGAGCGACUCGUUCAGCGACUCUCCCGUCGGUGUCAUCGGCGGGUUGGGCGGGUCGAGCCGGGUCAGCGACGGCGGAUCCGAUCGGGGACGGGUCGGGGCGUGGGCGGAUGAGCAGGCGAGGGCGCCGCCCGGGCCUCGGAGCGCGCUGUCCGGCUCGGAGAUGACCGUCGAGGAGGAGGAGGAGCGGGUGGCGGCGGAGGAGGAGCGGGUGGCGGCGGAGGAGGAGCGGGAAGAGCCCGUCGAGCCGCCCAGCCCGGUUCCCCGGCACUUCUCCCGCGUGGGACCGUUCGCGCGAGUCUUCGGGGAGGAGCGAGAGGCGGCGGAGGCGUUGCCGACGUCGACCCGCCCGGGAGAGGAGAAAGGCGCCGGGGCCGGGGCCGGGACGCGGUCGAGGACGACGCAGCCGGCGACGUCGACAACCUACCCGGAGCCGCCGCGCGCGACUUUGACGGGAAACGCGUCGAGGUUCGAGAGCGCGAGGGCCAACGCGGAGAUCGACGAUUGGCUCGAGGAUGAGAUAUGA